AUGACCACAUUGGGUGCUUCACAGAACUCGCUUAAUUGGUUGCAACAAUUCAAUUUGUAUAAGUAUCACAGUGCGGAUUCCAAAGUGCCAUCAGAACAAGGAAAACGAAACAGUUUCCCAGUAUUUUGUGGUGUCGCCAUGAUCUCUAUUGUGUUGUGCAUUAUCACCUUGGCGUCUGUUGUGGCUACAUCCAAACAGCCACUUGAGGAAAAUGCAAUGUAUAACGAGAUUUCCAAAAACGGCGAAAGUCAAGUAUUAUCGGUAACGCUGAAUGUGAAUGUGUCGGAGUCAGCAAAUCAAAUGUCAACUCAACUUCCCCCUAUUCAUCGACCCCUCAAGCGACCUCAGAUAAUGAUAACUGCAACUCCUACCAUGAGUAACGACAGCAAAUAUCCGCUAAAAGUUGUGCCGAUGAAAGAAGUCGAGUACUUGCUGGAGCGAGAAGAUGCUCAGCCAAUUCCAUAUUCGAUCAAUAAUUACCAAAACAUGCGAUCAUACCCUCAGCCUGGGCAUGUUACAACAGAAGUAAUUACGCCAACCAUACGUAAUCAGAUUCCACGACCACCCGACUUCAAGAAAAUGCCAACAUGGAGAAGACAAAUUGAUUAUGAUGAUGAGGAUCAGCCAAGACCUUUCAACUACAUUCCACAAAACUUUGGUGCCCAUGAGCUUCAAAAAUGUAAUUGCAGUGAAGAUUUGGCAAGAACAAUGGGGAAGCCUGUGAAUAAUAUUCAGGAUAUUCUAAGACAAACUACAAGUUCUGAAGGUCGAGAGGACGAAUCAGCCGCGGGAAUAAAAAUAGCAGGCAGAUAUAGACAUCCCCGAGGAAAGGGUAUGGGUAAUAUGAUAAAGAGGCUCAUGAGACGAAGAAAUAAUUGGGUACAAGCGACUAAAUUGAAUUCUCAGUAUUAUCCCGAUCCUCUUAAUUCAUACAAACCUCGCUCGCCGGGUGAAGUUAACAUGCUUGCCGUGAAUCAGUUCAAAUUUAUGAGGCCGAGCGGCCACUGGAAAGUAAACCGGGGAAAACAGUAUUAUAAGCCAGAAGUAGAGAAUUUUGGGGAGAGCCUCUACCAACAAAUCAUAGCAACGAACGAGAGCCGUCAGAGGCAGCAGAGAAAUUCCCGCAUCAGCACAUCAGAGCCUAACCAUAAACCUUUCAGUUUGAUGUUGGACAUCUACCCUAUGAACGAAAAUGAACGACCGUCACAAACCACAAACCAGCGUCCCUAUCGAGUAAAGCCUCGUCGGCCUUAUUUCGCUCUUCCACCGGGUCCUCGUGCUGUUAAUAAUCUCCCUUAUUCUUAUCCGUUAGACAAUUCAUAUUACAACUCGCUGCAGUUCUCACAGCUACAGCAUCAAAAAUACCCUCAACCUCCACAGUUCCAUGAAAAUCUGGUCUUAAAUAACCAAGAAGAACAAAUAUUUCCACAAAUUCCGAAUAAAGUGCGCAAGCCUGAAGACAACUCACCAAACAAUCCUAGCCAAAUUAUGGUGCACUUGAAUCUUUAUCCAAAGAAGAAGCCCCGGCAGCAUCAGAUUAAUAGUGACAAUUAUCUUUCUCGAAGUUACGCGUUGAAUGAAACUAUAGCAAAAAUGGAUACCCAACUAGUAGCUAAGGCGGUGAAACCUUCCUUUUCCACGGAGAGUCCUCUAUAUAACCGAGGGACAACAAAUCCCAGUGAAGCCUUUUUCAAUUUCCAGUCUGCUCGGGGAAAUCAAGGCAAUGGAAGCGUGAGAAAUUCACCAAAUCCCGGAGAAGGUGCUGUACAUAACAAGCAUAGCUUUCAGGUCCCCAAGGAAUCAAUGAUAAAAUUUCAGUACAACGACGCAUUGACAAUAGGCCCAGAUCCAAUUUGA